CCAGGUAAAUGAGUUUGUAGGACCACUGCAAUGUUCACCAACCAAACGUAGGUGUCACCCUUCUCUUAGAAAUAAAGUACAUGCAAAUGAGAGAGGCACUAGUGAGUCACAGACCAAUGAGAGAUCCCAAAAUGAGAGAGUGACAUCCACCACCAAAAGAAAAAAAGAGCCACCAAAGCCAAAAGCAAAGGUGCACAUGAUGAUGAAUGUGUAGGAGUUGAUGAGGAGGGCACGCAUUCUGACACUGAUUCUCUUGUGGCACCGAGUGAUAGCAGCUAUGACAGUGAUUUGGCUGCAUCAUCUGACUCUGCUGAUGGUUGCUCUGACCCAGAAUUUGACCCUGAUGGUGAAGUAUUUGAUGAUGAUGAUGAAUAUGAUCCUCACCCCUUUUCAUAUGAUGUCGAUGAUCCAACUAUUGAUGUAGGUAUUGUGUUCCCAGAUGUGGAUCAGUGCAAAUCUGCAGUAACCCAUCAUGCUAUCUUGAAUAAUCAUGUUUAUCAGAUUGUGAAAAAGGAUAGACGAAGGUUUAGAGCCAUAUGCAAGAGGGCCAAAGAAGGUUGUAAUUGGAAGUUUUUUGCAUCUACGAGCAAGAAGUACCUUGGCUGCAAGGUUAAGAUGAGUGGACCAAAGCAUACAUGUGGUUCAUUCAAUAAUUGCGGUGAAACGAUGGCCUCCAACAAAUGGGUAGCCGAAAGAGUGGUUGACUUGUUGCGGGACAACCCUGAAAUGGGACCAAAGGAGUUGCAAGAUAGGCUAAAAAAGAAGUACUCCAUUGAAAUUCCAUAUGAUAGAGUUGUGAGAGGCAAGAUGAGAGCAAUGGACACCGUAUAUGGGAAGUGGGCUGACAGUUAUGAUUUGCUACCUACCUAUCAAGCUGAGAUUUUGAGAAUGGUACCUGGCAGUAUUGUUGAGAUAGACACUGAAGAAGAUGACAAUGGCUAUGUGUGUUUCAGCAGGUCCUUUGUUGCUCUUAAACCAUGCAUUGAUGGGUUUUUGCAAGGAUGUAGGCCUUAUAUUGCCAUGGAUGCCACACAUUUGACAGGGAGAUCUAGGGGUCAGUUAGCAGCAGUUGUUGCAGUGGAUGGUGAGAAUAGGCUAUUUCCAGUUGCUUAUGGAGUGAUUGAGACUGAGUCCAAGGAAAGUAGGACUUGGUUUGUCAAUAACUUGAAGAAGGCUAUUGGUACUCCUUCAGGCUUGGUCAUUAGUACAGAUGCGGGGAAAGGAAUAGAGGGGGUUGUAGAUGAUGUGUACCCUGGAGUUGAACAUAGAGAGUGCAUGAGGCAUUUGUGGAAGAACAUGAAGAAAAAUGGUUAUACUGGUAAGCUUUAUGGUAAGAAUAUAUGGGCUGCAGCUAAGAGCUUCACAAUUGACAAGUUCAAUUACUUUAUGGGAAAGAUAGAGGAGAAGGAUCCUAGUGCACUUGCUUGGUUGGAUGACAAUCAUCCAUAUGUGUGGAGUAGAAGCAAAUUCUUUGAAAAUUGCAAGGUAGAUUACAUCAACAACAACCUCUCUGAGUCCUUCAAUAGCUGGGUGUCAAAAACAAAGGAUUUUCAAAUUGUGGAUAUGCAUGAUAAGAUAAGACAGAUGAUCAUUGGAAAAUUUGUUUUGAGAGCCAAGAUUGCUAGUAACAUGACAGGAACAAUCAUCCCAUCUAUCAUAGCAGCCCUAAAUGCUAAAGUUAAGAGUAUAAAGGACCAUGAGGUACUAAUAUGUGGUGCUGGAUGUGCUGAAGUGACUGUGAACAGAUUUAUACAUGCAGUUAACUUGGAGCAUCAUACAUGUACUUGUAGGGCUUGGCAAGUGACUGGAAAGGCUUGCACCCAUGCUUUAGCUUUCAUUGCUAAGCUGAGUAGGCAGGUACAAAUGGAUGACUUUGUCCAUGAGUACUUCUCUGUGGAUAGGUUCAAAAGGACAUAUGAAUGCACUUUCAACCCAAUGACAUCCAAGGAUAGAUGGACAUGUGUCAACUUAGACUACAAAAUCCAUAAGCCUAUACUGAGAAGGAAACCAGGGAGGCCAAGAAACUCUAGAAUCAAGUCCUAUGAUGAAGCAAGCACAAGUAAGAAAAAGAGGCCUUGUUCUGAAUGUAAUGAACUAGGCCACACAGCUAAGUAUUGCCAAGGAGGCCUCACAGCUAGUCAAAAGAGAAAGCUCUUAUCUUCACAAACUGAAUUAUCUUCACAAGUAUCAACUGUGAGUGAAAGGGGAAGGGGAAGAGGAAGAGGAAGGGGAAGUACAAGUGUAAGUGCAAGUGCAGCAGGGACAGAAGGUGCUGAAUCAGGAAGGGGAAGGGGAAGUGCAAGUGCAAGUGCAAGUGCUGUUGGCAAGUUAUAUGAGGUAUGUCUUUUUAAAUCAAGAUAUGAUCUGGAAGGAGAGGAAUGCCAUGUAUCCUAUGCCAAGUUCAGGUCUGUGGAUGAAGUUUGUGGCACCAUCCAGGAGCAGGCGCACACCGGUUUGAGGAGCACCAUCCUUCGGCAGGAAGUUGUCGCACACCGGUUUGAGGACCUCUGGCCCGUUUAG